CUGGGUGUCCGCGCGGAGGCAGCCGAGGCGCAGCCGUCCGCUGACAGCCUUCCCCGCCAGCCCCACAAGCGACCGCAAACUUCGGAUCGCGACCGCCUGUUUCUGCUCCUCCAGCUGCAGCGCCUGAACUUUCCAGGAGGGGGGGCUCGCCCCGGCCCCCCACCCCACCCCAGCCUCCUUCCUUUCCCCCUGCCCUGGCGCCUUCAUCCCAGCAUCUUCGGUCCUCUCCCAAACUGAAUGACCUCCGCGCGGGGCCGGCGGCCACGGGAACAGCAGCGGCAGCAUGGAGCGGAGUUUCGCUAAGCAGUGGACUUUCCUCCUGGCGCUGUGGCUGGGGGCGAUGCUGAGGGUGAGGGGAGCGGUGGGCUACUACCCCCGCUUCUCGCCCUUCUUUUUCCUGUGCACCCACCACGGGGAGCUGGAAGGGGAUGGGGAGCAGGGAGAAGUGCUCAUUUCCCUGCACAUUGCGGGAAACCCAAGCUACUAUGUACCUGGACAAGAAUACCAUGUGACUAUUUCUACAAGUACCUUCUUUGAUGGCUUACUGGUUACAGGACUCUAUACAUCUACUAGUGUCCAAGCUUCACAAAGCAUUGGAGGUGCUAAUGCUUUUGGAUUUGGAAUUAUGUCGGAUCACCAGUUUGGAAACCAGUUUAUGUGCAGUGUAGUAGCCUCACACGUGAGUCAUCUACCAACAACCAAUCUCAGUUUCGUUUGGAUUGCUCCACCUGCCGGCACGGGCUGUGUCAACUUCAUGGCUACAGCUACUCACAGAGGCCAAGUUAUAUUCAAGGAUGCCUUAGCCCAGCAGUUGUGUGAACAAGGAGCUCCAACAGAGGCCACUGUACAUCCACACCUUGCUGAAAUACAUAGUGACAGUGUUAUCUUGCGAGAUGACUUUGACUCAUACCACCAGCUGGAACUGAAUCCAAAUAUAUGGGUUGAAUGUAACAACUGUGAGAUUGGAGAACAGUGUGGUGUAAUUAUGCACGGCAACUCUGUGACGUUCUGUGAACCAUAUGGUCCAAGAGAACUGACCACUGCUGUCCUUAAUACAACAACAGCUUCUGUCCUUCAGUUUUCUAUUGGGUCAGGUUCAUGCCGCUUUAGUUAUUCAGAUCCCAGCAUCGUUGUGUCCUAUACCAAGAAUAACACUGCAGAUUGGAUUCAGCUAGAGAAAAUUAGAGCUCCAUCAAACAUCAGCACAAUCAUCCAUAUCCUCUACCUUCCUGAAGACGCCAAAGGAGAGAAUGUUCAGUUUCAGUGGAAACAGGAAUACAUUCAUGCGGGCGAUGUGUAUGAAGCCUGCUGGGCUUUAGACAAUAUUUUGAUCAUCAAUUCAGCUCACAGACAAAUUAUCUUAGAAGACAAUCUGGAUCCAGUGGAUACUGGCAAUUGGCUUUUCUUUCCAGGGGCUACAGUUAAGCAUAGCUGCCAAUCAGAUGGGAAUGCCAUUUAUUUUCAUGGAACCGAAGGCAGUGAGUUCAAUUUUGCUACUACCCGAGAUGUAGAUCUUUCUACUGAGGAUGUCCAGGAGCAGUGGUCAGAAGAGUUUGAGGAGCUACCCACAGGGUGGGAUAUCUUGGGAGCUGUCCUUGGCAAUGAAUGUGGAACUCUAGAAUCAGGUUUAUCCAUGAUCUUCCUAAAAGAAGGAGAGAGAAAAAUAUGCACUCCAUACAUGGACACAACAGACUAUGGAAAUCUGAGGUUUUACUUCACUAUGGGAGGCAUUUGUGACCCUGGAGAAUCCCAUGAAAAUGAUGUCAUUCUCUAUGCAAAGACUGAAGGAAGAAAAGAGCAUAUUUCACUGGACAUACUUUCCUAUUCAUCCUACAAGGUUCCAUCUUUGGUUUCUGUCAUCAUCAACCCUGAGCUUCAGACUCCUGCUACCAAGUUUUGUCUCAGACAAAAGAAUCACCAAGGAUAUAAUAGGAAUGUCUGGGCAAUAGAUUUUUUCCAUGUUUUGCCUGUUCUACCUUCAACAGUAUCCCAUAUGAUACAGUUUUCUAUCAACCUUGGAUGUGGAACCCAUCAGCCUGGUAACAGUGUCAGCUUAGAAUUUUCAACCAAUCACGGGCGCUCCUGGUCUCUGCUUCACACUGAGUGCUUACCUGACAUAUGUGCUGGGCCGCAUCUCCCUCACAGUACUGUCUAUUCUUCUGAAAACUAUAGUGGGUGGAACCGAAUAACUAUCCCCCUCCCUAAUGCGGCACUAACCAAGGACACCAGGAUUCGCUGGAGACAAAUGGGCCCGAUCCUUGGAAACAUGUGGGCGAUUGAUAAUAUUUAUAUUGGUCCAUCAUGCCUCAAAUUCUGCUCUGGAAGAGGACAAUGUACUCGAAAUGGCUGCAAGUGUGACCCUGGCUUUUCAGGUCCAGCUUGUGAAAUGGCAUCCCAAACAUUCCCAAUGUUCAUCUCUGAAAGCUUCGGAAGUUCCAGGCUCUCUUCUUACCACAACUUUUACUCUAUCCGUGGUGCUGAAGUUAGCUUUGGAUGUGGUGUGUUAGCCAGUGGAAAGGCAUUGGUUUUCAACAAAGAUGGGAGGCGUCAGCUCAUUACAUCCUUUCUUGACAGCUCACAGUCCAGGUUUCUCCAGUUCACAUUAAGACUGGGAAGCAAAUCUGUUUUGAGUACAUGCAAAGCCCCCAACCAGCCUGGGGAAGGUGUUUUAUUGCAUUAUUCUUAUGAUAAUGGAAUUACAUGGAAACUACUUGAACAUUAUUCUUAUCUCAACUACCACGAGCCAAGAAUUAUUUCUGUGGAAUUACCAGCCGAUGCACAACAGUUUGGAAUUCAGUUCAGAUGGUGGCAACCAUAUCACUCCUCCCAGGGGGAAGAUGUCUGGGCCAUUGAUGAGAUAAUCAUGACUUCAAUACUUUUCAACAGCAUCAGUCUUGACUUCACUAAUCUAGUGGAGGUCACUCAGUCUCUGGGAUUCUACCUGGGAAAUGUUCAGCCCUAUUGUGGCCAUGAUUGGACUCUUUGUUUUACAGGGGACUCUAAACUUGCCUCAAGCAUGCGUUAUGUGGAAACACAGUCUAUGCAGAUUGGAGCUUCAUAUAUGAUACAGUUCAGUCUGGUGAUGGGAUGUGGUCAAAAAUACACUCCCCAUAUGGACAACCAGGUGAAACUAGAUUAUUCUACCAAUCAUGGUCUUACAUGGCACCUGGUACAGGAGGAAUGCCUUCCAGGAAUGCCUAGCUGUCAAGAAUUUACAUCUGCAAGCAUUUACCAUUCCAGUGAAUUUACACAGUGGAGAAGGAUCACUGUACUUCUUCCUCAGAAAACUUGGUCCAGUGCUACUCGCUUCCGUUGGAGUCAGAGCUAUUAUACAGUACAAGAUGAAUGGGCUUUAGACAACAUUUAUAUAGGACAGCAGUGCCCAAACAUGUGCAGUGGGCAUGGCUGGUGUGAGCGGGGACUGUGCAAGUGUGACCAAGGGUAUCAAGGCAGUGAGUGCCAGCCAGAAGCUUCCCUUCCAUCUACUAUUAUGUCAGAUUUUGAGAGCCAGAAUGGUUGGGAGACUGACUGGCAAGAAGUCAUCGGGGGAGAAAUUGUCAAACCAGAACAAGGAUGUGGGGUCAUCUCUUCUGGAUCAUCUCUAUAUUUCAGUAAGGCUGGAAAGAGACAACUGGUGAGCUGGGAUAUGGAUACUUCUUGGGUGGAUUUUGUCCAGUUUUACAUUCAAAUAGGUGGAGAGAGCACUGCCUGCAACAAACCAGACAGUAGAGAAGAGGGGGUCCUGCUUCAGUACAGCAACAAUGGGGGAAUUCAUUGGCAUCUCUUGGCAGAAAUGUACUUCUCUGACUUCAGCAAGCCCAGGUUUGUCUAUCUAGAGCUUCCAGCAGCUGCAAAGACUCCUUGCACUAGAUUCCGCUGGUGGCAGCCAGUUUUCUCAGGUGAAGACUAUGAUCAGUGGGCAAUUGAUGACAUCAUCAUUUUAUCUGAAAAACAGAAGCAGAUCAUCCCAGUCGUCAACCCAACUUUACCUCAGAACUUUUAUGAAAAACCAGCUUUUGAUUACCCCAUGAAUCAGAUGAGUGUAUGGCUGAUGUUGGCUAAUGAAGGAAUGGUUAAAAACGAAACUUUCUGUUCUGCUACCCCAUCAGCCAUGAUAUUUGGGAAAUCAGAUGGAGAUCGAUUUGCAGUAACUCGAGAUUUAUCUCUGAAACCUGGAUAUGUCCUGCAGUUCAAGCUGAACAUAGGUUGCACUAAUCAGUUCAGCAGUUCUGCACCGGUCCUUCUGCAGUAUUCCCAUGAUGCUGGCCUCUUCUGGUCCCUGGUUAAGGAAGGUUGCUAUCCAGCAUCCCCUGGAGGCAAAGGAUGCGAAGGAAGCUCCAGGGAACUGAGGGAACCCACUGUGUAUUAUACUGGGGACUUCGAGGUGUGGACAAGAAUGACCAUUGUUGUUCCAAGGUCUCUUGCAUCCAGCAAAACCAGAUUCCGCUGGAUCCAGGAGAGUAGGACCCAGAAAACUGCUCCCCCAUUUGGGCUAGAUGGAGUUUAUAUCUCUGAGCCUUGUCCCAACUACUGCAGUGGCCACGGGGACUGUGUUUCAGGGGUUUGUUUUUGUGAUUUGGGUUAUACAGCCUCACAUGGAACCUGUGUGUCUAAUGUGCCUAAUCACAAUGAGAUGUUCGACAGGUUUGAGGGGAAACUCAGCCCUCUCUGGUACAAGAUAACUGGAGGUCAGGUGGGAACAGGCUGUGGAACACUCAGUGAUGGGAAAUCUCUUUACUUCAAUGGGCCUGGCAAGAGGGAAGCAAGAACUGUUCCUCUGGAUACGACAAAUAUCAGACUUGUUCAGUUUUAUAUACAGAUUGGAAGCAAAACUCCUGGUGCCACCUGCAGCAAACCAAGAGCUAGAAAUGAAGGACUUGUAGUUCAAUAUUCAAAUGAUAAUGGAAUACUAUGGCAUUUACUUCGAGAGCUAGACUUCAUGUCUUUUCUAGAACCACAGAUCAUUUCCAUAGAUUUGCCACGGGAGGCCAAGACAUCUGCAACAGCUUUUCGAUGGUGGCAACCCCAACACGGAAAGCACUCAGCACAGUGGGCCUUGGAUGAUGUGCUUAUAGGAAUGAAUGACAGCUCUCAAACCGGUUUUAAGGAUAAAUUUGAUGGUUCAAUAGAUUUACAAGCCAAUUGGUACAGAAUUCAAGGAGGUCAAGUAGAUAUUGACUGUCUCUCUAUGGAUACUGCUCUGACAUUCAGUGAAAGCAUAGGAAAACCUCGCUAUGCUGAGACCUGGGAUUUUCAUGUGACGGCUUCUACUUUUCUCCAGUUUGAGCUGAGCAUGGGCUGCACCAAACCUUUCAGUGACUCCCAUAGUGUCCAACUCCAGUAUUCCCUAAACAAUGGGAGAGACUGGCAUCUUGUCACUGAAGAGUGUGUUCCUCCAACUAUUGGUUGUCUGCAUUACACGGAAAGUUCAAUUUACACCUCGGAAAGAUUCCAGAAUUGGAAGCGAGUCACGGUCUACCUUCCAUUGUCUACCAUCUCUCCCAGGACAAGGUUCAGAUGGAUUCAGUCAAACUAUACACCUGGUGCUGAUUCCUGGGCUAUUGAUAACGUUGUAUUAGCAACUGGGUGUCCUUGGAUGUGCUCAGGACAUGGAAUCUGUGAGUUGGGACACUGUGUGUGUGAUAGGGGCUUCGGUGGGCCUUACUGUGUUCCUAUUGCUUCCUUGCCCUCGGUUCUUAAAGAUGACUUCAAUGGUAAUUUACAUCCAGAUCUUUGGCCUGCAGUGUAUGGUGCAGAGAGAGGAAACCUAAAUGGGGAAACCAUUAAAUCUGGAACUUCGCUUAUCUUCAAAGGGGAAGGACUAAGGAUGCUCAUUUCCAGAGACCUAGAUUGUUCUAAGAGCUUAUAUGUCCAGUUUUCACUUAGAUUUAUUGCAAAAGGUACCCCAGAGAGAUCUCACUCCAUUUUAUUACAGUACUCCAUCAGUGGGGGCAUCAUUUGGCACUUAAUGGAUGAGUUUUACUUCACACAAACAACCAAUGUCCUCUUUAUAAACGUUCCUCUGCCAUACACAGCACAAACCAAUGCCACACGUUUCCGGCUCUGGCAGCCCUACAAUAAUGGCAAGAAAGAAGAAAUUUGGAUUGUUGAUGACUUUAUUAUUGAUGGGAAUAAUAUAAACAAUCCUGUAAUCCUCCUGGAUACCUUUGACUUUGGACCCAAAGAAGAUAAUUGGUUUUUCUAUCCCGGUGGUAACAUUGGCCUUUAUUGCCCAUAUUCUUCAAAAGGGGCACCUCCAACCUCUAAUCUCAUGAAUAUAGGGAACUGUGAUUGUGGAAACUCUCCUUGCUGUUGCAAAUCAGGAACUCAUCGUGAGGAAGAUUCAGCUAUGGUAUUUGUGUCAAAUGAAGUUGGUGAGCACUCCAUUACAACUCGGGAUCUGAAUGUGAAUGAGAACACAAUUAUCCAAUUUGAGAUCAACGUUGGCUGCUCAACUGAUAGCUCAUCUGCUGAUCCAGUAAGGCUGGAAUUUUCAAGGGACUUUGGGGCCACAUGGCACCUGCUACUUCCACUGUGCUAUAGUAGUAGCAGCCACAUCAGCUCUUUGUGCUCCACUGAACAUCACCCGAGCAGUACCUAUUAUGCUGGUACAACUCAGGGCUGGAGAAGGGAGGUCAUUCACUUUGGGAAACUGCACCUCUGUGGAUCUGUACGAUUUAGAUGGUAUCAGGGAUUUUAUCCUGCAAGCUCUCAGCCAGUGACCUGGGCCAUUGAUAAUGUCUAUAUUGGUCCACAAUGUGAGGAGAUGUGUAAUGGGCAUGGGAGUUGUAUCAAUGGAACCAAGUGUAUAUGUGACCCUGGGUACUCAGGCCCAACUUGUAAAAUAAGUACCAAAAACUCUGAUUUUCUCAAGGAUGAUUUUGAAGGUCAACUGGAGUCUGAUAGAUUCUUGUUAUUGAGUGGUGGAAAGCCAUCUAGGAAAUGUGGAAUCCUUUCCAGUGGAAACAACCUCUUUUUCAAUGAAGAUGGCUUACGCAUGUUAAUGACUCGAGACUUGGAUUUGUCACAGGCCAGAUUUGUACAGUUCUUCAUGAGACUUGGAUGUGGUAAAGGAGUUCCAGACCCCAGAAGCCAACCUGUGCUGCUACAGUACUCACUCAAUGGAGGCCUCUCCUGGAGCCUCAUGCAGGAAUUCCUGUUCAGUAAUUCCAGCAAUGUCGGCAGGUACAUUGCCCUGGAGAUACCUUUGAAAGCUCGUUCUAGCUCUACUCGACUUCGAUGGUGGCAGCCAUCAGAAAAUGGGCACUUCUACAGCCCCUGGGUUAUUGAUCAGAUUCUUAUUGGGGGAAACAUUUCUGGUAAUACAGUCUUGGAAGAUGAUUUUACCACCUUGGAUAGUAGAAAGUGGCUACUUCACCCCGGAGGUACAAAGAUGGCAGUGUGUGGCUCCACUGGAGAUGCACUGGUAUUCAUUGAGAAGGCAAGCACACGUUAUGUAGUCACCACAGAUAUUGCUGUGAAUGAAGAUUCCUUCCUGCAAAUAGACUUUGCAGCCUCUUGCUCUGUUACAGAUUCUUGUUAUGCUAUUGAACUGGAAUAUUCAGUAGACCUUGGAUUGUCAUGGCAUCCAGUGCUAAGAGAUUGCCUGCCUACAAAUGUAGAAUGCAACCGAUAUCAUCUCCAGCGAAUUCUUAUAUCAGAUACUUUCAACAAGUGGACCAGAAUUACUUUACCUCUUCCAUCUUAUACCAGGUCUCAAGCCACUCGUUUCCGGUGGCAUCAGCCAGCUCCAUUUGACAAGCAGCAAACGUGGGCAAUAGACAAUGUCUAUAUUGGGGAUGGUUGCAUAGAUAUGUGCAGUGGCCAUGGGAGAUGUGUACAAGGAAAUUGUGUCUGUGAUGAGCAGUGGAAUGGUUUGUAUUGUGAUGAGCCAGAGAUCACCCUCCCAACACAACUCAAAGACAACUUCAACAGAGCUCCAUCCAACCAGAACUGGUUGACUGUUAAUGGUGGGAAACUGAGUACUGUGUGUGGAGCUGUGGCUUCUGGGAUGGCUCUUCACUUCAGUGGGGGCUGUAGUCGAGUAUUAGUCACAGUGGACCUGAACCUCACCAAUGCUGAAUUUAUCCAGUUUUAUUUUAUGUAUGGAUGCUUGAUAACACCAAACAACCGAAACCAAGGAGUUCUUCUGGAAUACUCUGUCAAUGGAGGCAUUACCUGGAACCUUCUAAUGGAGAUUUUCUAUGACCAAUACAGUAAACCCGGGUUUGUGAACCUUCUCCUUCCUCCUGAUGCCAAAGAGACCGCCACACGCUUCCGCUGGUGGCAGCCUCGGCAUGAUGGCCUGGACCAGAAUGACUGGGCCGUUGAUAACGUCCUCAUCUCAGGCUCCGCUGACCAGAGAACUGUCAUGUUAGACACUUUCAGCAGUGUGCCUGUGCCCCAGCAUGAGCGAUCCCCUGCAGAUGCUGGGCCUGUAGGAAGGAUUGCUUUUGACAUAUUCAUGGAGGACAAAACCACAGUGAAUGAGCACUGGCUAUUCCAUGAUGAUUGUACUGUGGAAAGGUUCUGUGAUUCCCCUGAUGGUGUAAUGAUCUGUGGUAGUCAUGAUGGCAGAGAAGUUUAUGCAAUUACCCAUGACCUAACUCCUACUGAAGGCUGGAUAAUGCAAUUCAAGAUUUCUGUUGGAUGUAAAGUAUCUGACAGAGUUGCACAGAAUCAAGUCCAUGUGCAGUAUUCUACUGAUUUUGGAGUGACCUGGAGCUAUCUGGUACCCCAGUGUUUACCUGCUGACCCAAAAUGUUCUGGAAGCGUCUCACAGCCAUCUGUGUUCUUUCCAACUAAAGGAUGGAAACGAAUCACCUACCCACUUCCUGACAGCUUGAUUGGCAAUCCAGUGAGGUUUAGGUUCUAUCAGAUGUAUUCAGAUAUGCAGUGGGCCAUCGACAAUUUCUAUCUGGGACCUGGAUGCUUGGAUAACUGCAGGGGCCAUGGCGACUGCCUGAAAGAACAGUGCAUCUGUGACCCAGGAUACUCUGGCUCAAAUUGCUACUUGACUCACACUCUGAAGACUUUCCUGAAGGAACGUUUUGACAGUGAAGAAAUCAAACCUGACUUAUGGAUGUCCCUGGAAGGUGGAAGUACUUGUACAGAGUGUGGGAUUCUUGCAGAAGAUACUGCACUAUAUUUUGGAGGAUCUACUGUGAGACAAGCUAUCACUCAAGAUUUGGAUUUAAGGGGCGCAAAAUUUCUGCAAUACUGGGGACGAAUCGGUAGUGAAAAUAACAUGACCUCUUGUCACCGGCCGACCUGCAGGAAAGAAGGAGUCCUACUGGAUUAUUCCAUUGAUGGAGGAAUUACCUGGACCUUGCUCCAUGAGAUGGAUUACCAGAAGUACAUUUCUGUUAGACAUGAUUACAUACUUCUUCCAGAACAUGCCCUAACCAAUACAACACGUCUUCGAUGGUGGCAGCCUUUUGUAAUCAACAAUGGGAUAGUGGUUUCAGGUGUUGAACGUGCUCAGUGGGCAUUAGACAACAUAUUGAUUGGAGGAGCAGAAAUCAAUCCCAGUCAACUGGUGGAUACUUUUGAUGAUGAAGGCAUUUCUCAUGAAGAAAACUGGAGUUUUUACCCUAAUGCAGUCAGGACUGCAGGAUUCUGUGGAAAUCCAUCAUUCCACCUCUACUGGCCAAAUAAGAAAAAGGACAAGACUGACAACAUUCUCUCCUCCCGAGAGCUCAUUAUACAGCCAGGCUACAUGAUACAGUUUAAAAUUGUAGUGGGAUGUGAAGCCAGUUCUUGUGGUGACCUCCACUCUGUAAUGUUAGAAUAUACUAAGGAUACAAGAUCCGAUUCCUGGCAGCUUGUCCAGACACAAUGCCUUCCUUCUUCUUCAAACAGCAUUGGCUGUUCUCCCUUCCAGUUCCAUGAAGCCACUAUCUAUAAUUCCGUCAACAGCUCCAGUUGGAAGAGGAUAACCAUCCAGUUGCCUGAUCAUGUGUCUUCUAGUGCAACACAGUUUCGCUGGAUCCAGAAAGGAGAAGAGACUGAAAAACAAAGUUGGGGAAUUGAUCACGUCUAUAUAGGAGAAGCCUGCCCCAAACUCUGCAGUGGCCAUGGAUACUGUACAACUGGAGCUGUGUGUAUCUGUGAUGAAAGUUUCCAAGGAGAUGACUGCUCUGUUUUUAGUCAUGACCUUCCAAGUUACAUUAAGGACAAUUUUGAGUCAGAAAGAGUCACUGAAGUAAAUUGGGAAACCAUACAAGGUGGUGUAAUUGGAAAUGGAUGUGGACAGCUGUCACCCUAUGCCCAUGGAGACUCACUGUACUUUAAUGGAUGUCAGAUAAGGCAAGCUGUUACAAAACCACUGGACCUCACUCGAGCAAGCAAAAUAAUGUUUGUUUUACAAAUCGGGAGUACCUCACAGACAGACAGCUGCAAUACCAAUCUGAGUGACCCCAACACCGUGGACAGGGCAGUUUUACUCCAAUAUAGUGUAAAUAAUGGCAUCACUUGGCAAGUCAUCGCACAGCAUCAGCCAAAGGACUUUAUACAAGCCCAAAGAGUGUCCUAUAAUGUUCCAUUGGAGGCACGAGUGAAAGGAGUUUUACUUCGUUGGUGGCAGCCACGCCACAAUGGAACAGGUCAUGAUCAGUGGGCUUUGGACCAUGUCGAAGUUGUUCUAGUAAGCACUCGCAAACAAAAUUACAUGAUGAAUUUUUCACGACAACACGGGCUCAGGCAUUUCUACAACAGAAGACGAAGGUCACUUAGACGAUACCCAUGAAGAAACAAAUUGUUUUAUUUUUCCUCCCAACAUGUGACGUGUUGCUUUCCAACCUUCUAAAUCUAGCACUGCAUCUGGUAUCAGGACUUUUCUGCGAAAAGCUUCAUGAGUAACUGAAAGCUUUUCUCCAGACAGAGUGUACACCACUUUUUCCACACUGUGAACUAAUGAGAAGUGACUUAUUUUCUCAUAGCUAAAUGUUUUAAUGUUGAUGUGUCUGUGAAAAUUGUGAUCUGUUGUAAUAUCAGUUACAGUGGCAGUAUUGGAAGUAAGCAACUAACUGUUUAACAGGAAAAAAAACUUUAAGCACAAAAACUUAAGAGAUUUUAUGUUUAAAAUGACAUUUAAUACAGUAUUUAACAUUCUUGGUCACAUAGCUGUUUCAGUGGACUGUAUUUCAGCUAUGUAUCAUGUUUUAUAUGAUUAAGUUAUCAUUGUUUGUCCUUUAUGUACUCUCUUCUGCAGCAUAACACAUUGACACUGUAUUGACUUGUUAUGUUGUUGUAGUAUUUUGCUGCUGAUUUUUUGGGGCUACUAACACUCUGAUAUCAUGCAGGAAGUAAACAGAAAUUUGUGAUUGAGAAGAAACUUGUAAAGACAUUGCUAUCUCCUUUAAUAUUACUCUUCAAUUUGUCUGUGGGUUAGCGUUGUUUUGUGGAUAAGAAUGAUCUAAAUUUUUUUUUCUACUAAAGGACUGUGGAUAAAGCACAACCCCUCUCACCCCACCCCACCCCCAGAAAAAUCCCAUUUCCUUGUCUAAAGGUAAAUACCAUUUUCUGUGGCUGAUUUACUAACAGUAACUGCCAUUUUGUGUUUGUGGUAACAGAGUGACUUGUAAAACAGUGGACGUUUUCAUUGUGUUCUCUUUGUGACUUGUUUCUCUUGCAGGUCAUAUUUGUAUCUUCUGAUAAAGUUGUACCUACACCAGCAACAACAGUAUGAUGGUUGUAUAGCCCUGAAUUGUCUAUCAUCAAAAAUGCAAUUUCACUCUAGGGUGAAAUAAACUAAAGUUCUAUGCUUCAAUAAAGAUUAUGUCA